UCCGCCAUGUGAACGGAAACCCCGCAUCUGGCAAGAUGGCGACUCCCUAUGUAACGGAUGAGUCUGGAAAGUACAUUGCUGCUACACAGCGGCCAGAUGGAACAUGGAGGAAACCCCGGCGAGUGAAGGAGGGAUACGUACCACAGGAGGAAGUGCCGGUCUACGAGAAUAAAUAUGUGAAGUUUUUCAAGAGUAAACCUGACCUCCCCCCUGGCUUGAGUCCAGAGGACGCAGUGGUGGCUAAGCAGCAGCACCAACAGCAGCCGGCUAAGGGAGGAGACAAAGAGGGCGAGACUGCCGGACUCUCCAAAGCAGCUAAGCGCAACAUGAAGCGCAAAGAGAAACGCAAACAGCAGCAACAGGCUCAGGCCCAAGGCCAGCAGGAAUCAUCUGAGGAGGUGGAGUAUCUGGGGAAAGAUCUUGAGAAGGUGGCGGUAGCAUCUGAAGAGCAGAACAACACAGCUGCCCCAGCUGAUCCGACCAUCGCAGCCACUGAGAAAGCCAAGAAGAUCAAGAACCUGCGGAAGAAGCUUCGGCAGGUGGAGGAGCUGCAGCAGAAACUGGACUCAGGAGAGCUACAGAACCCCUCCAAGGAUCAGUUGGACAAACUGGGGCGGGCCCAGGCGUUACGGGAUGAGAUAAAGCAACUGGAGGGAGAAUUGUGAAGCAGACUGCCCAUAAAAGGAGAGGGGAGCAGGGAGGGUGUUUUUUUGUGGAUUUGUCUUGUUUGGAGGCUGUGACACUAUAUACUAUACUUUUGAAUCUAGACUAGACCUUCAUUUGUUCCAGUUGGCCUGAUUCCAGGUGUAAUGCCCAAGCAAUCCCUCUGCCAAGCAGUGAAGCAGGGAUAAGCAAAUAUCUUUUAUAAAAAUAAUAGUGCUCUUAUUACUCUUGACCUUGUUUUUCCCCAGAGCAGUACUAAUCAUGAUCUGUGGCUCAAGUGCAGUUCUGCAUCCCUGCAAGUUGGACCUUUCCAAAAGGGGAAAAGUGGCUGGGGGGAAAGAAGAUUGAGACCUUUUUCUCAGUUGGAAUUGGAUCACCGUGUCUUUUCUAAUAAUGGAGGGAUCCCACUUUGACAAAGCUAUAACGUUGUACAGUAAAGCAGCGCACACUACCAUUUCUUCAUACUCAUGUCUGACUGAAAGAACAGAAUACCACUUCAAUGAUGAUCGAUUUCUAUGAGGAGCACAAGGACUUGAAUGGCUUCAGAAGGUCUCUUCAUGUUUUAAAAUGUGUGAUCUCCAUACCAGUCUCAGUAAGAUACAGUAUAUUGUGAGUCCAAAGUUACUUGCACAACAAGUAUGGAACGGAUAUAGUUAUGGCCUGAACAAGAAAGACAGUACUUAAAACAUCAGCCCAGUCAUUUUUUCUUGCUUUCAGGAGUCCUUUUUAUUGUAUAUGUUGUGUGUGUAUUGUUUUUGUUUUUUUUUUUGUUUUUUUUUUAAAACUUUAGUAUUUGUCAAAUAUUAAACGGUAGUAUUCUAUUACAUUAAAGCGGCAAAAAAUCCACCCUA